AUGCCAACCAGAAGAACAAGUAAACGUCGAAACGGUUAGUGUCUCUCCGAUCCGAAAACUUCUGAUUUUCUUAAUUCCAGAAUCCUGCUGCUCGCCUUCUUCAUGUGAUAAUUUCUUCCAAACCGUACGAAUUCAGCACCAAAAUAAUUUUUCGCUUUCGCUGAAUGGGUUAACUCCGUUUUAAAUAAAUUAUUUCAUUGUUGCCCACUGUUGAUCUUCCUCAAAUAAUUUGGUGUUAGAAACGCCUCAAAUACUUGCAUCAGCAAAAUAACUGAACAAUCAAAACAAACUUACGUCUUCAGAAUCGAUCCUUUAAUCGAUUGUCUAUGUCAUGAGCGCACAGCCACGUGGAACUGGUAACUGCUUUCGUAGUGUGUGAUUUCAAGUGAUACUGAUUCCAGGAAUCCAGCCAGGUCCCUCGUACGCCACAGCCACAUCUCCCACGUCACAACGCAGUUACCGAUACGAACCGGCCAGAAGUGGAUACACGUCUCCGGGACAGUACUCCACCUAUUCUACCAGGUAAGUCGAUUUCUUGAGAUACAUAGUAUCAGCUUCUCAAAUCUCAGUACAACUGCUGAUCGCGUCGGCUGUCUUACCGCAGUAAGAAUGUCGGCUUUAGCCAAAGUGUCGCGCUUUGGGCGCCGUCUCGUUCACAUUCGGCAAAUGGACUUCGAGUUUGCUCUCUGGCAAAUGCUUUAUCUGCUCAUUCAGCCGUCAAAAGUUUACAAAAAUUUUAUAUACAGAAAACGUGAGUUUCUUUGCCCGGUGAACAUAGGAAACAGAGUGUUACAGGUACCAAAGACCAGUUUGCAAGAGAUGACCCGGCAUUCCUCGUGCUGCUCUCGUAAGUCCCCCUUUCCCGUAGCCAUGUCACUAGUUUUUUUUCCAGACUUUCUCUGCUAUUCUCAUCAAUGUUCUAUGCUUACGCUCUCGGCCUGUCCACCACGGGCUUUUUCACUUUCUUCCUCUGGUCUGUAUUGGUCGAUUGCAUCGCCGUUGGAGUCGUGAUCGCAACAAUUCUCUGGUGGGCGUCGAACAGGUUCCUCCGGAAGGUUCGCGAUCAAGACGUCGAGUGGGGAUACUGCUUCGAUGUACAUCUCAAUGCAUUCUUCCCGAUGCUCAUUCUACUACAUGUCAUCAUUCCGAUCCUCUAUCCGAGUGAGAUUUCACCUUUCCCUCUGUCUCUUAUAAAUAAUCUUCCAGCUCUCAUCGAUUCUCUGUCGUUUCUGUCUAUAAUGCUCGGCAAUACCAUCUGGUUCCUGGCCGCUUGCUACUACGUCUACAUCACGUUCCUCGGCUACACGGCCCUUCCGAUUCUUCACAAGACGCAAUACUUCCUCUAUCCGAUUUCGUUCAUUUUUAUGUUCUUUGUCGCCACUCUAACCGCUGGCUGGAACAUUUCCAGAACAGCUCUGUACUUCUACCAUUCCCGUGCCGAACCGCACCGAUUUGCCACCCAACACACCGGCCUUUAA